AUGCCUCACUCCGCUGCUAUUAACCAGAAUUCCAGUGAUUCACUUCAUGUCUCACUCAACAGUCUCUCCUUGACUGAUUCAUCGACAGAGGUGCAUAAGACUAGUAUAGUGAAAAGAGGUCACAGUGGACUGAACCCAUUCGAGAAGUUUCUUCGACCAGCAUUAGAAGCAGCGCCGGUCGUGAAUAGCAGUGGUGAACUCAACCCUUUUAAACUCUAUUCUCCCCGAAACCCUUCGGUGCAAUCAAUUGAAGACUUGGCACGGAAUACUAUCCCCAGGCAUCUUUCAGCACUCCAGCGAACGCGACGAUUCACACUCCAGGAGACUGAUGUCCUCUUUGUUCAUGCGCGGCAAUUUCAAGAAAAAUGGAGCGUUUCGGAGGAGAGCUUCCGCAAUUGGAAGACAUUACUGUCCGGUUGGAUUGAAUUCCCAGCUGUGAUGUUGCUCAAUCCGAGUUGGGGGGAUUACUUGCCAUUUCAAGAGAUGGUGGUCGAAUCAACGACGCUCUCUUGGCUACAGGAGACACUGGCAAAGAUACAGCUUGAGCUCGACGAUGUGAUCAUAUUUGACAUAUUCCCUAUGCUCCGAGACGAGCUUUUGAAAGAUGUCCAAGAGCGGAUGGGACCAGCCAAAGGGAAGGAAUUGGUGCGAGACUCGUUUGCGCUUACAAAAGCGAGUCUCUCAUUGAUCCGACCUCAGAUAUUACUAUCGUGCCAAUGUUGUACGAAAUCAAGUAAUGAGAAGUGGGGUUUUUUUGAUGAUCCACUCGCUACACGACUCUGCUCCUCGGUGCAAGCGUCGCAGAAGGGGGAGGUGCGAGUGAUAGAGGCAGAUGCCCUUCGAAUCCAGGUAGUGCAGGGGAUGCAUCCACAGUAUGUGAUACAAUAUCAGCCCAGUCUGGAGAAGCAUCUGGUUGGACUAUUCGCACAGGUGCUUGGUCCAUUUGGAACGUGGCACUCACGGCGAAUGGCGAUGCAUGACGCGGCUAAAGUGCUGUUCAAACUUCUAGCUUCGCUUCGGCUGCAAACACAGCUUUAUAGGCGCCUAUGCCAAGAAGGUGCGGAGAUCGGAGGGGAGCAACCAGUGACGGCUAGGCGACUGAAGGAACUCGAGGCACAGCUUGCAGGGUGGGAAUGUGUCUUCGUAGAGGAGUCUUUCUUUCCGGUCCAAUGA